GUUCUUUUCAGUGGUAAUAGGACUUUGGUUUUCACUCUUUUUGCUGCUUUCAGUGAUGGCGUCUGUUGAUCUGAGAGAUGAACUGACCUGCUCAAUCUGCCUGAACAUUUAUACCGAUCCUGUACCUGUAACCUUGAUAUGUGGCCAUAGAUUCUGCCAAGACUGCAUCACAAAAACAUUGGACAACCAGAGUGGCAGAGAAUAUUCCUGCCCUGAAGGUAAACAUGGCUUUAUAGUAGUGGAGAAUUUUCUAUCUACUCGCCCAGGGCAGAAGGAGGUUGGGAUCCCCUGUACUUAUUGUGUUCACUCUCUUGUACCUGCUGCUAAAACAUGUCUUCAUUGUGAAGCUUCUCUGUGUGAAACCCACCUGAGGGUCCACAGUAAGUCACCAGAACAUGUUUUAAUUGAACCCACCACUUCACUAAGGAAUAGAAAAUGCUCCGUCCACAAGAAAGUCUUGGAGUAUUACUGCUCUAAGGAUGCAGUCUGUAUCUGUGUAUCCUGCAGACUGGAUGGACAGCACAGGACACACAAAGUAGAGACUCUCAAUGAGGCCUCUGAGAAGAAGAAGAAGAAACUAAGAAAUAUUAUGGAAAAACUGACCUCAAAGAAAAAGGAGGCUGAGAAAAGAGUUCAAAGCCUGCAGGAGCUCAGGAGACAAGUUCAGGAAAAAGCUGCGGGAGUAACAGAGCAAGUUGGUGCCCUGCUUAAGGACAUUAUGAAACAACUAAAAACGCUAGAGAAGAGAGUCCUGAAUGAGAUCUCAAGGCAAAAAGAGCAAGUCUCACUCCGGGUCUCAGAUCAAAUCCAGCAGCUGGAAAUAAAGAAAGAGGAGCUGUCCAGGAAGAUGGGUCACAUCGAGGAGCUAUGUAACAUGACGGACCCAUUAACUGUCUUACAAGGAUGUGAAUCAGACAGCGAUGACUAUUGUGAUACUGAGGAGGGAGAUAAUGAGGACAGAGAGAGAGAUGAUAACAAGGUCCGUGCUGUGGGAAAUCUGGAUGUGGGUCUGAUCUCAGUGACCUUACACUCAGGGUUAGCUGGGAUUGUGACUGGAGUAAAGAGACAACUCCAUGUACCGGAUUCUUCAGACAUGUUACUAGAUGUAAACACGGCUUCAGACAUUUUACUAGAUGUAAAUACGGCUAGUAAUGAUGUUACUGUAUCAGAUGAUUUCAAAACUUUAUGUAGAUCAGAAAUAAGCCAGAGUCGCCCAGAAACUUCAGAUAGAUUUGAGAAGAAUCAGGUUUUAGGCAGCAGGAGCUUCUCCUCGGGGCGACAUUACUGGGAAGUGGAGAGCAGUGAAUCAGGGAGAUGGAUCGUAGGGAUGGCCUAUCCUAGAAUUGCCAGAAAAGGGCGUCAGUCAGUGAUUGGAUAUAAUAACAAGUCCUGGGGUUUGUGGAGGUGGGAUCAUGAUGAAUAUUCUGUGAUACAUGAAAGUAAGGAAAUUCUGUUAACUCACCGCCCUUCCAGCCAGAGAUUAGGGAUAUACCUGGACUACGAGGCUGGGCGGCUGUCCUUUUAUGAGCUGUGUGAGCCCAUCACACACUUACACACCUUCACUGCCACCUUCACUGAGCCGCUUCAUGCUAUAUUUGGAGUAGAUUUUCAGUUUCUCAAGGUACAUCAUAGAUCAUUUCAGUCUGUAAAUUCUUGGCUUAGAAUCAUUCAUUAGUGAUCGGUUUCUGAGCAAAACCUGUUACUAAGCAACUCCUGUUAUGUUUAUUUUAUGUGUCACUGUAUGUGCAUUACGGGGUCUGUCACUAUAUGUGUGAUUGUGUGUGUAUAUCACUGUGUAUGUGGAUCAUGGUGUGUGUCAGUCUAUGUAAUUGUGUGUGUCACUGUGUGUAUGUUUGUCGUGGUGUCUGUCGCUAUAUGUGUGAUUGUGUGUGUCACUGUGUAUGUGGAUCAUGGUGUGUCAGUCUAUGUAAUUGUGUGUGUUGCUGCGUGUAUGUUUGUCGCGGUGUCUGUCACUAUAUGUGUGAUUGUGUGUGUAACUGUGUAUGUGGAUCAUGGUGUGUGUCAGUCUAUGUAAUUGUGUGUGUUGCUUAUGUUUGUUACAGUGUCUGUCACUAUAUGUGAUUGUGUGUGUGUCACUGUGUGUAUGUUUGUCAUGGUGUGUGUCAGUAUAUGUGUGACUGUCUGUGUGUCACUGUGUGUAGGUGGAUCAGUGUGUCAUUAUAUGAGUAAUUGUGUGUCACUUCGUGUUAUCAUGUUAUGUGUAAUUGUGUACAUGUUACUGUGAUUUUCUUUGUAAAGAAUUAUCAGACAAGAUACAAGUUUGCUCAGGACUCAGUCAGAUUGGGAGAUGGAAAUUGACAUAUUUAAAUUUGUGGUAUAAGUUGUUAAAAAAAUCUGAGCAGAACUGGUUGCUGGUGGUAGUGAGUGUGUUUAGUAUUCUGCUCUGUGAGUAAGUGGAUACACGUGGGGACCAUGUACACUAUAUAAUAUUAUUAUUUUCAUGGGGUUAAUAACCCUGUUACCACACUCUUCCUCUCUCUGUUUGUUUUCAAGUAAUGAUAAGGAGUGGAGGGGGGAGGGGGCAUUAUUCCCUUUUUAUAUUUAACCAUGUUUGUUUUAAAGGGACAGUAAUGAUAAGAAGUGGAGGGGGCGUUAUUCCCUUUUUAUAUUUAACCGUGUUUGUUUUAAAGGGACAGUAAUGAUAGGAAGUGGAGGGGGCAUUAUUCCCUUUUUAUAGUUAACCAUGUUUGUUUUAAAGGGACAGUAAUGAUAAGAAGUGGAGGGGCUUAUUCCCUUUUUAUAGUUAACCAUGUUUGUUUUAAAGGGACAGUAAUGAUAAGAAGUGGAGGGGGCGUUAUUCCAUUUUUAUAUUUUACUAUGUUUGUGUUGGGAAUAAUACAAGCUAUAAAUGACAGGAUGCUCAGUCUGUUUAAAAUUGGCUAACUUGGAGCAUGUCAGCUAUUUGAAAUAAUAUAUUUUAAUCUAUAUCCAAUUCUUAGUGAAUGUACCUCUAGACAAGAGUUAUAGAACAUUGUGUAAGAAGUAAUAGGUGUUACAUCCUGUAUGUUUCUGUCUGUCGGAUUUUUUUCCUGUGUUUCUCCCUUUGAUUAUAACUGCAUAGUAAUGUGUCAUUUAGAAUUGUGUAGUAAAUAUUUUUAAAUUAUAAGUGCAUAUUAAUUUGAAGUGCAUAGUUAUAGUGAAAUUGAGCUUUGAGCAAGGCCCGAACAUGCAGAUACACCUGCAAGCUUGCUAUAGGUUAAGAUGUUAAGAUAAGAUAGAUGAUUUUAUUAGGAUUGGAUAAUGCUUGUAAGACCACCCCUGUUUUCUCUUACACGGCCCAUUUAAUGUCAGAAGUCACUUUAAACCCUGCAUUGUCUUGUCUCGUUCAUUGGGGCUCCUCGCCAGCUGGUUUGGGAACAAGGAGAAAUACAGAGAGUUCCAAAUUGCUUAGAAGUCCAUGGCAUGAAAUAAAGGAAAGUUUCUGAUGCAGGAAAUCUUCACUUACAGUUUGUUUUAAAGGGACAGUAAUGAUUAGGAGUGUCCCCGACCCUAUUUGUGUUAAAUGUCCGGUAACAAUGAAAAAAGGAGAUUUUUAGCCUUCUUACACCUACCCAGUUUUUGUUAAAGGAUCGGUAUUUGUACAAAGGAGAUUGAUGGAGAGAGAUAAAGGAUAUUAGUGAGAGCAGGAGGGAGAAAAAGAAACAUUGGAUUCUGUCAGCAUUUAUUAUUAGUGAUAAAAGGAAUUCGUUAAUAAAUAGAAGGUGGGGGGUCUCGAGAAGUAAAAUCUGGGUAUAAAAUGAUUGUGUGGGAUGGGAAUUUGGGAAUAAAACGAUGUGCCUCCUAGACUUCUCUCUUUAAUCAUGUUUAGAGGGACUGGAGCUGACGCGUUCAUUGAUUUUUCCAGUUUCCUGGUCGGAGAGAACACUGAAAGGGAGAAUCUGUGGGAUUUGGGACUUGUCAAUAAACGGAAAUGAUUGAGAUUUGGUGUCAGUGAAAUGUUUAUUCGGCAUCUCGCACUCCCUGUCUAACAAUCACAUUAAACAGACACUCAGAAAGAGAAUUAUCAAAGGCAACUGUUUGAGACAAUUUAUUAAAUCUGCUUUUUAAUAAUUUUUAUUUAUCUUUUGCUUCUUUUGAGCCCUAACUGUCAUUUUUGACUAUGCUCCUAAUUUUUAGAAAACAAACUGAAUUUAUCAAACUCUUAGAUACUUUUUCUAUUUCCCUUCUCUUUUAGCCACCAAUCUAAAUUUGGUGAAGUGGAAACGGAUAUUUAUCAAGGUGUUUUGUAACAUAGUGAUGAAAUUCUAUCAGAGGUCUAAAC